CCCUCUCGGCCCUGUGCGGCUUCGGCGCAAACGGUCGCCUUUUCGCUAGCAUGUCGGCACCGACCGAGUCAGAAAAGUUUGUUUAUCCGCUGAACAUUUUGAAUCCUUUGAGCAGGUUGGAAUAGACCAGGAGGCGCGGUUGCGUUGCCGAUGACCCCCCUCCAGCUUUGAAGGAGGAGGCGCGAGAGCACCCGCGCCGCCGCCGCCGCCGCCGUCGCCAUGCCGCCGCCCGCCGACACCGUCAAGGUGGCCAUCGAGUGGCCGGGGGCCUUCCCCAAGCUCAUGGAGAUCGACCAGAAAAAGCCUCUGUCGGCCAUCAUCAAAGAAGUCUGCGAGGGUUGGUCGUUGGGGAACCAUGAAAAUUUUGCGCUGCAGAUCGCCGACGGCACAAAUUUCUACAUCACGGAAAAGAAUCGCAGCGACAUCAAGAACGGGUCCAUCCUGCGCUUGACCACCUCGCCUUACCAGACGGCGCUGCAGCUGCACGAGCGCAUCCAGUCGUCCAGCAUGGACGCCAAGCUGGAGGCGCUGAAGGACCUGGCGAGCGCCUCGCGCGACGUCACCUUCGCGCUGGACUUCAUCAACAUGGACGGCAUCUCGCUGCUGACGCAGAUGGUCGAGAGCGGCACCGAGCGCUAUCAGAAACUGCAGAAGAUUAUGAAGCCCUGUUUCGGAGACCUGCUGUCGUUCACGCUGACGGCCUUCGUGGAGCUGAUGGACCACGGCGUCGUCUCCUGGGACACGUUUUCCGUGGCCUUCAUCAAGAAGAUCGCCGGCUACGUCAACAAGGCGGCCACGGACGCGGCCGUGCUGCAGCGCUCGCUGGCCAUCCUGGAGUCCAUGGUGCUCAACAGCCAGGACCUCUACCACAAGGUGGCGCAGGAGAUCACCAUCGGGCACCUCAUCCCGCACCUGCAGGGGACGGAUCAGGACAUCCAGACGUACACCGUCGCCGUCAUCAACGCGCUCUUCCUCAAAGCUCCCGAGGAGAGGAGACAAUUUGAUGAGCGCGUUGUGGACAUCCUAAAUUGUCCUCUGACAGAGAUGGCUCACAUUUUGGCCCAGAAACAACUGCGCUCCAUCAUCCUCAGCAACGUGAUCCGGAGCCCGACGCCCAUCAACGACGAGAUGGCGCACCAGCUGUACGUUCUGCAGGUUCUCACCUUCAACCUGCUGGAGGACCGCAUGAUGACCAAGAUGGACCCCCAGGACCAGGCUCAGCGCGACAUCAUCUUCGAGCUGCGGCGGAUCGCCUUCGACGUGGACUGCGAGCCCAACAGCGGCGGCGGCGUGGACAAGCGCAAAUCCAUGUACACGCGAGACUACAAGAAGCUCGGGUUCAUCAACCACGUGAACCCGGCUGUGGAUUUCACGCAGAUUCCUCCCGGCAUGCUGGCGCUGGACAACAUGCUGUACUUGGCGCGGCACCACCAGGACGCCUACAUCCGGAUUGUUCUGGAGAACAGCAGUCGAGAAGACAAGCACGAGUGUCCGUUUGGCCGCAGCAGCAUCGAACUCACGAAGAUGCUCUGCGAGAUCCUCAAAGUGGGCGAGCUGCCCAGCGAAAACUGCCACAACUUCCACCCGAUGUUCUUCACGCACGACCGCUCCUUCGAGGAGUUCUUCUGCAUCUGCAUCCAGCUGCUCAACAAGACCUGGAAGGAGAUGAGGGCCACCGGCGAGGACUUCAACAAGGUCACGCAGGUGGUGCGGGAACAGAUCAUGCGAGCGCUGACGCUGAAGCCUAACUCGCUGGACCAGUUCAAGAGCCGCCUGCAGAACCUGAGCUACACGGAGAUCCUCAAGAUACGCCAGUCGGAGAGGAUGAAUCAGGAAGACUUCCAGUCCCGCCCCAUCCUGGAGCUGAGGGAGAAAAUCCAGCCGGAGAUUAUGGAGCUGAUCAAACAGCAGAGGCUCAAUCGACUGUGUGAAGGAACGUGCUUCAGGAAGAUCAGCAGUCGCAGGAGACAAGACAAGUUCUGGUACUGCCGUCUGUCACCCAACCACAAGGUCCUGCACUACGGGGACCUGGAGGAGAGUCCCCAGGGGGAGGUUCCCCACGACUCUUUGCAGGACAAACUGCCCGUGGCGGACAUCAAGGCGGUCAUCACGGGAAAAGACUGUCCUCACAUGAAGGAGAAGGGCGCUCUCAAGCAGAACAAGGAGGUGCUGGAGCUGGCCUUCUCAAUCCUAUAUGAGUCAGAUGAGUAUUUAAACUUUAUUGCCCCGGACAAGCACGAGUACUGCGUGUGGACCGACGGUCUGAACGCACUCCUGGGCAAGGAGAUGACUAGCGACUACACCAAAUCUGACAUGGACACGCUGCUCUCCAUGGAGAUGAAGCUACGCCUGCUGGACCUGGAGAACAUCCAGAUCCCCGAAGCGCCGCCCCCCAUUCCCAAAGAACCCAGCAACUACGACUUUGUUUACGACUGUAACUAGACUAGCUUAGCCCUGCUGUACUCACUGGACAAUUUCAAGAACUGUGAUUGAGGUGUUUUUUUUUUUCCCCUGGCUUCCUCGUUGCCAUGGAGACCUGCAGAAACCAGGAAGUGUUCCCUUAAAAUCGAGAAAUUCCUUUUUUUUUUUUUAAAUAUGAUUUGUCCUCAGGGCUUCUGUGGCAGAGAGGGUUGGCCAUGUUAGUUGUAGUCCACUUGUUUAUUUCCUGUCACAUAACACGAAUUUCACCGUAUUCGUGGCAGCUAAAUGUUGUAAACGAGAAGUAUGUUUAAAAAAGAUUCUCACUUCUUGUCCACUCAAGACUGUUACAACUUUUUUUGUUGUCACAAAUUCCCUGAAUGACUGCUGUAUACCACAUUCCUGAGCAAUAUUGACUUCAUUUAUUUCGUGUUUAUUUCUUUGUGAAGCUGUUGCUAAAGUUUUGGGGUGAAAAGCGAAGCUCUUGUGUUGACAAAAAUUUGAAGGUUAAUGUAUUUUUUUUAAUUUAAAAACAGAUCAUUGUUGUGAUUUAGUAUGGUUUAUAUAUAUCAAAUACAUUUACACCCCGACACACACAUGCCUGCCUUUCCCUCCUAUUUAAACUUGUCACAUUUUGUCUUUAGGAUUUUUAAAAGCCCCACAAAACUGCUGUUUACAUUAAAGAUUGAAAGAUGUAA